GUAAUCUCCUGGUUAUGAUGGCUUUUAUUGUGGAUAAGAGUCUUAGAACUCAGAGCAAUUUCUUUUUACUCAAUUUGUCCAUCUGUGAUUUUUUCAUAGGUGCAUUUACCAGUCCCAUGUAUGUACUCUAUUCACUGAUGGGAAAGUGGAUUCUUGGCAGAUAUGUAUGCAAGAUGUGGUUAAUUGCUGAUUAUACGAUGUCUACAGCUUCAGCCUUCAAUAUUGUCCUGAUCAGCUAUGACAGAUUUCUUGCUGUAACAGAAGCUGUACUCUAUCGGUCUCUACAAAGAAAUCACAGACAGACAUUUCUCAGGAUGGCUGCCGUCUGGGUAUUGUCUUUUCUACUGUAUAGCCCAGCAAUCCUCUUUUGGGAAAGUGUGUUUGAUAGUAAAAACAUGGCAGAGAGUGAUUGUGUUCCUGCCUUUUUUGACUGCUGGUAUUUUCAUUUGGGUACUUCAUUCUUCGAUUUUUUGAUUCCAUUGAUGAGUAUUUCAUACUUUAACCUGAGCAUCUACUUGAAUAUCAAUAAACGCAGCAGAAAGAAAAGACAACCUGUCUCUGACCUGUACGGAGGAAAUAACAUCAGACCAUUCAUAAUAGCAACUAACCAAGUUCUGUCUUCUGAACAGUUAGAUGGGCAAAAGGAUAUGGCACAUGCUAGAAAUAGAGUUAAGAAAUCUCUUAGACAAUGUUUUUCGAAUCAUAUGGUGACAUCCUCUUCCCAGAUGAACAGUGCAUACAGUACUUACAAUAUAAGUGUCAUUAAUCUCUCCAGGGACAAGAAAGUAGCCAAAUCUCUUGCAAUUCUAAUUUGUAUAUUUACCAUUUGUUGGGCUCCAUAUACUUUCCUAAUAUGUAUUCGAACUGCUUGUCAGGGUUACUGUAUUCCUACUUAUUGGUAUGACAUUACAAUCUGGAUGUUAUAUUUAAAUUCAGCCAUCAACCCUGUAUUGUAUCCAUUGUGUCAUAGAAGCUUUAGAAGAGCUUUCUCAAUCAUUUUACAUGUGUCCAUGUAAGAGUUUAUAGUGUUAUUCAUUUAGAAUUAAAAAUAAGUGACAACUUUGUACACUAGGAGGUCUGCUUGUACUUUUCAUUUACAUUUUGACUGUGUCUUUAGAUAAUCUUCUUUUCUGUAAAUUAUGCAUAUUUAGCAUUAAGUCACCUGUAACCUAAUGAUAUAAAAAUUAAUUCAAAUAUUCCUGAAAAAAUACCGUCAAGUUUCAAACCUAAACUGGGACUUCACGAUAAGAAACUGUAUUGAGUCUUGGGGUUUACAGUAUUUAUGAAGCGUUGGGUUUUAAAACCCAGAACUUCUAAUCAUGUUUUAUGUCUGUAAUUUAAAAGGUCAAUGAUUUUGCUAGCCAUGUUUAUCCUUUUAAUUUUCGAAAAAUAAUCAAAAUCAACUCUACAUUUUAUAAAUAAACCCCCUAGUGCCUAGCAGUUAUUUUUGUUGACAAC